AUGAAGCAAGCAAAGAGUCAUCUCGACUUCACGGCGCAAAACCUACCUGGUCCAUGCUUCCGAGACCUCAACUACACUGCUUACGACGCCAACAUCACAAAAUCUCGUCGGCUACAUCUGUCGGCCUACUUUAAAUUUAUGCGCCCCGAAAUAAGUUAUCUCUACGAUGAUUAUGCAGUGGAAGCCCGCAAGAGAGCCUGUCAGGUACUCUAUAACAAAGCGAAGCAGCGUGGUGUCCCCAUACCGUAUUUCGAGUACCUUGUUGACAACUGUUUUUGGAAGCUAUGGUUCAGUUCAUUUGGCUCUGAUGCGCCUUUGUGGCCUUGGGGACCUCAAAAAGUCCCAAUGACAUUGGAACCUGGGGAGAAACCGAGUCGUACAUAUGCCAAAUAUUGUGAAAGCCGCGCCACUGAAACUUCCAGAGAAUCAAGCGCUGCUAGGUUUAUGUCACAGGCCGAGCCCGAUCCAGAGUCUUCAAUCGAUCCCAACUCACAGUACAUUGUGCGGUCACAAGCCGUGUUCACGAAAUCUGGAGAUGAUAAACCAGAACCAGACCUCGAUUUGAAAAAGCGAGAGGCUGCUUGGGAAAAACUGGAUCCUUUCGAGCAUGUGCCCGGCAUUGUCGGGCCAUUCGAAGUCGAACCACCAUCGCUAACACCUAUCGAGACGCUCGUAACACAAGAUCUGGCGGUAAUCAAUACUUUAUUUGAGGGACAUGCCAUCAUCAAGGCAAACAUAACUCGACGAAGAGUCAUCGUUUCGUUUCCUGAGACGGUUGAAGACGGGAGUGAAACCAGACAGAAGCAUUCCAUUGUUUGGGGACACGUACGUGGAUGGGUUGAUUCGAUCAACCAGAAGAAAUACGUAACACUACGUGAACAUUUACAAAGUGUUCUAUAA